CAGCAACUGCUAAUAGUAGAAGAAGAAGCAAUAAAUCCUAGCAGAUUUUGUUCUGGUUCAUUUGUUGUUGUUUUUUUACUCUAAUGAAAGCUGCAGCAGAUAUCCUUCCUGAGGACGUCCAGAAACUCUUUGGAGAAGUUGAAGAUUAUCUGGAAAAUCUACAGAGUGAGAGCCUUAGUGCUAGAGCGCGGAUACAGAGAGAUGAAAUCCUAUUUGAUAUUGAACAACUUAAAGAGAGGUAUCAGUGGGGAUUCCUACCAGGAGAUGAGAACAAUAUACAGAAGGCUACUGAAGAUCAAGGAAUCGUUUUAAAACAAGGCUAUUUGGAAAAGAGAGCUAAAGACUCCAAAAUUUUUGGUUCUGAGUGGCAAAGGAGAUGGUGUGUUCUUGACAAUACAGCUUUCUACUAUUAUGCAAAUGAAAAAAGCAAACAACCAAAAGGCAUGUUUGCUAUUGAGAACUAUCAUGCUCAGUUGGCUCCCUAUCUGCGCAAAGAUUCCCGAAGAGAUUGCUGCUUUGAAUUGACUUCUCCUGGUAAACGAACCUAUGAGUUCACAGCUGCUAAUCCUGCAGACGCUACAGACUGGGUGGACCAUAUCACAUUUCUGCUGAAAGAUAUGAACUCCUUCAUUAUUCCCUGUGAGGAAGAAGAGGAGGAAGAAGAGGAAGAAGAGAAAGAGAAAGAAAAGGACUACCAUAAUACUGAUAAAGAAGAAGCCUAUGAUGACAUAGAGAGUUUUGAUACCCCAACUGUAACAUUUAAUCAGGAUUCCACUUUGGACCUGGACAAAGAGGAGACCAUGGUGCAGGGCAAAGAGGGAAUUUAUGAAAUUCUUCCAGAUGAAGACUUCAACAUGUUUGCUCAGGAUGACAGAGAAAAUGCUGGAAACAUCAAAAAUAAAGGAUUCAUAAGGCGUUAUGCAAAUUAUUAUCAAAGUCUGUGGGACUGCACAGGGGGCAACCCAGAUGAACUUUCCUUUCAAAGGGGAGAUUUGAUAUACAUUAUUAGUAAGGAAUAUAAUAUGUAUGGUUGGUGGGUCGGAGAGCUGAACAACGUGGUAGGGAUUGUCCCAAGGAACCAUCUCAUGCCUGCCUAUGAUUUGGAAGAAUGAGGAACAGCAGAAAAAGAUUAUGUGCAUUUCUCCUUGCUUUGCCAUCACGAUGAAGAUAAUUCCUGGAACCUCUUGGCUAUUCAUAUGAAACAGAUGCACACCUGCAGAAGUUGAGUCCAUCAACCCUUUGUCCCCCUUUAUAUGGAAAUAUAGCACUUUGGUCCCAUUGUGUUUUUUCAUUCUCCUGGAAUUUUCAGAGGCUAUAGUCCUCAGGCUGUAUACUGUAUUUCAGAUUUGUCAUGAUCAUUUUGGAAGGAAGAGUCUUUUUUCUCAGAACUAUCAAAAAGUAUAAAGGAUGUCUUGCUGAUAUUCCAGAAUAAAUACUACUGUCACUUUCUGACUGGAAAGUGUUUAUUAUGCUGAAGUGUUGCUUUUUAAUCAGCUGGUCAAUUUUUAUUGUAGCCAAGGGCUAGAACACACCAGCAGUGAAGAUAAUUAUUAGAAUAAAAUACCCAAAUACAAUGACUGAAAAGGAAGAAAUUUAAUUCAGAUCAGAGAAAUGCUCAGGGUCAUUUUCAAUAAAUAUAAGUACGAACAAAGUUUAAAGGCAAUCUGCUUGGGUGUAUGUUUGGUUUUUAAAAAAUUCAACAGAAUCUUUGAAUAAAACUAUAGUCAACAUUUUCCUGCCCGUAAAAUUGGAUGUAAUUGUUGAUAAUGCACAGUUCUUAAACUGAAAAAAAGUUUUUUAGUGUUGUUAUUCCUUAUGCUGUUUACUAUUCAAUUUUACAUAUGUAAAAUUCUUUCUAAUUCUUUCUAAAAUUCUAUCUAAGAUAACAACAGUAAAAUUCAAAAUAAAAAUGUAACAUAAAAAAUAAUUUAAAAUUUUACAUUUUUUAAUAAUUUAAAAUUUUAAUUUUAAAUAAUUGAAAUAUAUAUAAAAAUAAAAUAGGAGCAUAGUUAAAAUAAUAUUGACAUUAAAAUGCAAGUUACAAACAUAGCACAGCAGAAAAAAUAAAGGAGUUAAAUGGGUGAAACAUCAAUUUAUAUAAAAGUGAAGUAAUGUUUUUCAAACUUAGAAAGUUUAAAAUGAGUUAAUUUCAAUGCCCACAAUUCCCCAACAGCAUGCUUUGGAAUUUUAUAUAUGAAUUUUAUGUAUUCAAUACUGGCUGGAGAAUUCUGGGAGCUGAGGUCCACACAUCUUAAAACUGCAAAGUUGGAAAAUACUGAAAUACAGUAAAUCAAUCUCUCUUGAUAAGGAAUUCCAGAAUCAUAGCUGGUAAAUUCUUUUUUCAAUUUCCACCACAUGUCCCAUAGUGUCAGGAAAAGAAUAUUUUUGUGAAAUUUGGAAAUAUUGACAAGUUUGUACUCUAUGGCAGAGAGGCUAUCCUCUACAUACUGUAUUUUUCGGACUAUAAACACACUCACCCCCCCCCAAAAAAAGUGGGUGGAAAUGUCUGUGUCUUAUAGAGCGAACAUUGUGAGUGGGGGAGGGGGGUUGGUGCUGUGCCAAUUAGCUGUUCUAGGCGGUGGGGAUCACUGCCGCCACCUAUCGCCGUUGCCCAUUUGCUGCCUCCCGUUUACUGCUGAUCGCAGCAAUCACUGGAGAUGGGCAACAGCGAACGGGUGGCGCUAGGCAGCAGCAAAUGAGCAGCAGUGGUGAACAGGACGUGGUGGCGAACAGGCAGCAGCGAUAAUGUGCUAACUAGGCUGUUUGCUGUUUGCUGCAAGGACACUAGCCAGAUGAAUACCGGAUGGAUGCUGGGAGGCAGAGGUAGAUUUUUUUUCGUUUUUUCCUCUUCUAAAGCUAAUGUGCAUCUUAUAGUCUGAAAAAUACA